UUUCCGGUCGUCACCAUGAAGGUCGAACUUUGUGCGUUCAGCGGCUACAAAAUCUACCCAGGCCAUGGGAAAAGAAUGGUCAAAAUUGACGGGAGGGUCUUCAAUUUUGUAAAUGCAAAAUGUGAACGCUCCCACUUGAUGAAGAGGAACCCUCGUAAGAUCAAUUGGACAGUGUUAUACAGAAGGAAACACAAGAAGGGCCAGACUGAGGAGGUGUCUAAGAAGAGAACCCGCCGUACCACAAAGUACCAGCGUGCCAUCACAGGGGCAACCCUUACAGACAUCAUGGCAAAGAGGAACCAGAAGCCCGAAGUCCGCAAGGCCCAGAGGGAACAGGCCAUCAGAGCUGCUAAAGAGAAGAACAAGGCAAAAGAGGCUGUCAAAAAGGCUACAAAGGCUGCGGCUCCCAAACAGACACAGAAGGCAAAAGCUGCAAGGAGCGCACCAGCAAGCAAGCCACGUGUUGGUGGAAAGCGAUAGAUUCCUCUGUAUAAAUUAUUGUAAUAAAUCUGCCUUCUGGUGAGCUCA